GGUAGCACUCUAAGUCCGAGACUCGGGGGCUGAGCUCUCCCCGGGAGGCCUCGCGGCGGGGACCCCAGAAUAAGUGCCCCGCGCGGCGGGAAGGGGCCGGGCGGGAGGGCCGGCAGAUCCCACCCCUUCCUGAAGGAAGCGCCCUCCCCACCGUGACCGCCGCCGCCGCCGCCGCCACCGCCGCAGGUCACAGCCCCGCCAGGCGCCCGCGGCCCCGCCGAGCAGAGCAGUGGUCCAGGCAUGGAUGGGAAGAAAUGCAGCGUCUGGAUGUUUCUCCCUCUCGUGUUUACUUUGUUCACUUCAGCUGGGUUGUGGAUAGUGUACUUUAUAGCUGUGGAAGAUGACAAAAUUUUACCAUUAAAUGCAGGUGAAAGGAAGCCUGUCGUGAAGCACGCACCAUAUAUAAGCAUUGCAGGUGACGAUCCUCCUGCAAGCUGUGUGUUCAGUCAAGUUAUGAACAUGGCAGCCUUCCUAGAUUCUGCUUUAUUCCUAGCCCUUGUGGUAGCUGUUCUGCGCUUCAUACAACUGAAACCAAAGGUUUUAAAUCCGUGGCUGAAUAUUAGUGGACUGGUGGCGCUGUGUCUGGCUUCCUUUGGAAUGACCUUACUUGGUAAUUUUCAGCUCAAAAAUGAUGAAGAAAUCCAUAACGUCGGAACUUCCUUGACCUUUGGAUUUGGCACGUUGACCUGCUGGAUCCAGGCUGCAUUGACACUCAAAGUCAACAUCAAGAAUGAAGGACGGAAAGUUGGAAUUCCGCGAGUUAUUCUGUCAGCAUCUAUCACUCUCUGUGUGGUCCUCUACUUUAUCCUCAUGGCCCAGAACAUCCACAUGUACGCGGCCAGAGUCCAGUGGGGCCUGGUCAUGUGCUUCCUGUCUUACUUUGGCACCUUUGCCGUGGAGUUCCGGCAUUACCGCUACGAGAUUGUUUGUUCUGAGUACCAAGAGAAUUUCCUAAGCUUCUCAGAGAGCCUGUCAGAAGCUUCUGAAUAUCAAACCGACCAGGUGUAACCUGGCAAGAUUUUCCUUGCUGGUGAGGUGGGUGUGAGGGUGGGGGAGGGGCAGGAGCACACACUCACAGGGCCUGACAUGUGACCUCAUGACACAUUUUACACACACGUUCACGGCUACAUUUGCCAAACGAGCUUUACAGGGCGAGUUGUUUCUUUAAUGAAAAAGCACAAGCCCCCAUGUAUGAAAUACAUGCUGUUACACGGAAAAUAUAUGCACGACUGAGCAAGAAGCCCCUGUCCCUCCCUCUCCCAGGACUCCCUGCUGUCUCAUUCUCAUCAUGUGUCUCCAACAUGGUGAUCGCCCUGCCGUAGAGUGGGGAAGGCCAAAUGUUACGUGGGAACAAUGCCAACUCCCGAAAUUGCCAUCAGGUCCAAAGGGCUUGGGACCAGCCUGUGAGGACGUUCUGAAUCUGGCACCAAUAUUCUUGAAUGGACAGUAGCUUAUCGUCCAGUCAGAUGGGAACCGUUUGGAGACACAACCCUGUGUAGCCUGUGGAAAGGCACCUGCUGGUGGAAGCGCCCUUCAUUUCCCCAGUGACCAGCUGUGUGGAUCUCUGGACAGGGACCUGCUGCAAACUGUGAGAGCGAAGCCCACUACGUGAUUGGGACUCAACUGUGACUUAGAAAGUUCCCAAAUGUGAAUAUUUGCAGGGGCAUUAUCUGCCAGCUAUGGAACAAGAUGGGGACAGCAAGGUAUAGUUUAGGUUUUGCUUCCAUAGUAUCCCAUGUGCCGUUUUUGUUUUAUAUUUAAUAGUUUACCCUUUAUGUUUUUCUUUAAGUGACUACCAGGGGGGUCUCUCUCUAGGUCUCAUGGAUAAAGACAUAGACCAAAUAUAAGAGCUGAGAUUCCUUUGGGUUCAACCACGAACAAAAAGGGGAAGAAAAGGUCACCUGCAGGCUUACUCUGCAGCUUUUAUGUGUGAAGCUAAGGAAAUAUUCACGGAAAAGCAUAAAGAAGUAUGAAUGUGUGGAGUUAAUUAAAAGAGCUCCUCCUACACAUUUAUGAGAAAAGUCUUACAGCACCUUGUUGCAAGGUCAAAUCAAGGGAGGCUUUUAAAACAUGUAUCUAUUGCUUAAAUUUAGGUUUUUUGUUGUUGUUAUUAAGAGCUUUUCAAUUUUGUAAUUUGUAGAAAGCAAUUAAGAAAAUACCCUUCCCCAAAACCACAUUGAUCCAGCUGGUCCCAUCUGCUACGAGUUCAGAAAUCAGUCUCAGGUGUGGCAUUUUGAGGCCGCGCUGCAUCAUGAAAGGCAGAAUUUCAAAUUCAAAAUGUGGGAGUCAGCCACAUUGAUAGACCCCCUCCAUGAGUGCACUUUGCUUCAAGAAAUCCCCAAAUUUACUUCAUCGAGGCCUGGGAUUUUGUGGACUAUAAUGUGAAAACCAUUAUUUAAUACAACCCAAAGUCUGAGCUUGUUGAGGAAGGAGUCAGUGUCUGUCUGUCUCUGUCUGUAUCCCCACCUCCUAGCACAGUGCUCAGGUGGUGUAUAAUAGAAUCAUGGAUAAUUUAAGAGAAGGAAAAAGGAGUGUCAGAGAGUGACUCAAAGAUGACUGAGACGGAAAGAAGAUGGCGGUUGUGUGUGAGACAGGCCUGGGAAGAAUCAUGGACUGGGUCAGAUGGGGCAGUGAGACUCCGUAGGAGGAAGUCAAAUGUGAAGAAAAGGAUCACGCUGAGCAUAUUCUAUUAGAAAGGCAUCCUACUGUAAAUAGUCCAAAGUGUCAUUUAUUAGUUUUGAAUACUGUGUUUGGGUUUCUUUUUUUUUUUCAUUUUUAUAUUUUAAAACUUUUAUGAAAGAACAAAGAUUUAUGAAGUUUCCUUUGACUCUACACAAUCCAAACUGAAUAGCUUUUGGUGAUGCAGUUGUACACUUUCUUAAAAGUAUAUCUAAUGGCACAUUUUAGCAGAAUCAAACAAUGACAUUAUUCAUUGAGAUCUGGCCACUAAAUAAAUUCUUUUAUGCAAAA